CUAAAUAUCAAGCUCUAAGUUUUUCAAGAUAUACUAUUGAUUUAUUUUGGGCUAUAUAUCAACAAAGUGAAUUUACUAAUAAAAGUAAUAAUAUUCACAAACUAUUAACUACUUGCCAUUAUCAAAAUAAUCAACUACCAAAAGAAUUUAGUGAAAUUGUUUCUGAAUCUGACAUUUCUACUAUAGCUAUAAUAGUUGAAUCCACUGAUUCUGUAAAGGAUAAUAAUAUUCAUAAUAGUGAAAAAGAAACUAUAAACAACAAAGCAACUACUUCUAAUAAAAAUAAUGUAGUACCAAUCUCAAAUCAAUACAAUAAGUUUUUUACUAAUAUUCUUUUAGAUUUAGAUCACUUAGAAAAUAUAUCUGGCCAAAGAACUUCUAAUUGCUGA